AUGUCAUCUACUACCAACACUUCUCUUUCCAUUGCCACCACUGCGUCCGCCCCUACCACCCACACUCAAGAAACCACGGAGGCCAAAGUCGCAUUUACCGCUUCCUUAACCUCUGUCGGAACGAAUUUGGAUGCCGACCUGCGUCAGCGCGCCCAAGCACUUCACAACAAUGAUGGCGUCAUCAAAAUGCAGGAGGAGAAACUGAGGAAUACAAUUCAGGACCUCGAGAAGCAGUCUAGGGAGCUAGAGAAGUUGGCUGAUCAGGGUAGAGAGGGGUUGAAGGAAGUUGGCGAUUUGCAGAAUUGGGCGGAAUUGAUUGAGCAGGAUUUACUAAUUGUGGAGGAAUCACUGCGUUUGGCGGAUGAGGAGGACGAGAAAAAUGGCAGGAUGAAAUGGAAGCCGGAGAGUAAGUUGAGGAGAUGGUUUUGA